AUGGCAACUCAAGGAAGUUCAGCAUCCGCCGUGAGCCGUGGAGGUACAGGAACUACCAGCACACCUGCAAACAAUGUCGGAGGAGACUAUACCUCUGCCACCAACCGUCGUCCUUCCACCGGAAGCCAAAACACCCUCUUCUCAGGCCUCGUCAACCAAAAGCGCAACAGCACUGAUGCUGCAGCCAAUGCUCGCAAGCAGUCAUUCAGUGAUAUGAAGCCGGCGACUGGGUUUCUUGGCAAGAUGUGGAGCGAUUUUACAACGGGUUCUUCGCCGCCGAAGUGA